GUCCCAUAUGACACAACAUCUCAGGAUAGGAAAGGCAUAUGAAACAGAGUACGAACACGCCAGAACAUGGACACAGCUAUCCAGUUCAGGGCUACACAGAGAACAGCAGGACAGAUGGAUGACAAACCUGGCGUGAAGGCACUUAUGGCGAGAUUUAAUGCACAAAAUGUAUCAGAUGCAGUCUCAGCUGGCAGUUACCCUGGCAAAAUUUCUUCCUCACAGUUUGGGAAUUCUUCACUACAGUCAAGGAAAUCAGCACUUGAGAAACUAACCAACCAAGGAGAUGCUACCUCUGGAGUUAGCAGUAACGUAGCACAAAAGCCUGCAUUUCCUAAGCCAUCUGAUCUUAAAAAACAACAAGAAGAAAAAACAGAUCCUCCAAAACCUUCAUAUUUGAAGUCUAAUACUAGUGCUGGUGUGAACAGAUUAGGGAGCACUUUUCCAAACCAAAAUAAAGAUGAAUCAAAGCCUGUAUUUGCAAAACAACUAGGACUAAAGCCUUCAGAGCUUCAAAAGGAUGAAUCAAAACCUUCUUUUCCAAAGUUACAUGAGACUAAAGGCUUCACAGCAUCAGCUGCAAUAGAAAAUGAUACAAGACCCACAGGAAAGCCACACUUUAAUGUUACAGCACAGGACAAUGAGGUUAAAUGUUCAUUUCCUAAACCAGCUGGAUUUAAAGCAUUUAAUGCCACACCACCAGAAAAUGAGCCCAAACCUCAAUUCCCAAAGCAGCCUAUUGGACAAAAGCCUUCUCUGACCACAGGUCCCACGCAAGAUAAUUCACCCAAAAAUACACAAGUAACAAGAGUUGCUUCAUCACCUUCUCCUGCACAAUAUCCCAGACCUGGGUCCUUUAAAACAAAAAAAACUGAAAUUACAGAAAAUGAGAAUACAUCUGACUCUACAACUGGACGUUUUCCUGGAGCAAACCUGAAACCAGCAGGGGUCCGUACUCUUCAAAGUCCAUUCUUAAAUCAAAAAGAAGAGAGUAACACAGAAGUUAAACCUGUGCCUGCUAGCAGCCUUUUUGGUCCUAAAGUGAAUCAGAGUGACUCUGGUACAGCAACACCUGUUGGCAGGUUUAAUAAACCCACCUCCUUUGUCCAAGGAAAGCACAGCAGUAGUACAAUAAAUAGAACUGCUGAGAAUAAGGCUCCUGGAGCUCCUAAGCGCAAAGUUUUACCUUCUCUAGCUGUUUUAGGACCAGCACCGCCUAAACCCAGCCGACCACCAGUCGUCAACCUAGACAAAUUCAAAAAGACAACGACAAAAGAUGUGCCAAGCAAAGGGGGCAUCAGUAAGCAAGCAUUCCCACCACCUCCAGAGCCAGCAGCAUUAGCACCCCUGCCACCCAGCCUCCCAUCACAACCACCACCUCCGCCACCACAGCAUCCAUCCACGCAGCCACCAGUGCCGAGCCUUCCACCGAGGAAUAUUAAAACUCAGCCGGAGACCACGAAUCCUGAUGAAGAGGAAAGCUAUGAUGAUGUUGAAUUCCCUUUACCGCCCGGCAUCGGACCCAACAGAGAAGGAGAGAACGGCAGUGAUGGGGAAAUGUAUGAAGAUCUGGAUACCAUGAGGGACACAAAAGAAAUUGAAAAGAAGAAAGAAAAGGAGGAAAAGAAGAAAAAACUGGAGCAAGAGAAAAAAGAACAAAAAGAAAAGGAAAAGAAAGAACAAGAAAUUAGAAAACGUUUCAAACUGACAGGGAAUAUUGAAGUCAUCCAGCUUGCAAAAGCACGAGUGGACUGCAAGGGUGGAAAGAAUGAGCUGACGGUUAAGCAAGGGGAUCUGAUUGAGAUUAUUCGCAUUAAGGACAAUCCAGAAGGAAAGUGGCUAGGCAGAACACCAGAUGGAAGUUAUGGCUACAUUAAAACAACAUGUGUAGAUAUUGAUUACAAUUCACUUAAAAGAAACCAGCAGCGAAUUUCUAUCAAAGGUUCGCAAGUACAUGGCGAAUCGGAACCAGAAGUAUAUGAUGAUGUUGCAGACAACAGCACAAGCCAAGGAUCUGGAGGAAGUACAGGAAUCACCCCAGCUUCACAAGAUGAUGAAAUCUAUGAUGGGGUUGAUGAAGACUUCAAUGGCAGUUCUGAGCUACAGGAUGUGCCACAGGAUGAUGCAAAGUCUGCCGACUUACUCUCAGGUCUUUGGAGGAUGAUGAAGGGAAAGGAUGAGAAAAAGAAAAGCAUAAAAGAAAAUAACAUUACGGAAGAAAAUGAGGGAGAUGCUUUUAUGCCAACACUACCUCCACCACCAGAAUCUUUCAAAGCAGAUGCAAAUGAUGGAGAAGUUUAUGAUGAUGUAGAGAGCCAAGAUUUUCCACCUGCUCCACCAGAUAUCAGCUCAGGGAGAAAAGGUGGAAAAGGAAAAGGUGACGAAAAAGACCCCAAAAGACUUAAGAAGAUUGAAAAGGAAGAGAAAGAAUUUAAGAAAAAGUUUAAAUUUGAUGGUGAAAUAAAAGUGCUACGGGUGGUACAAGUUGUUCCAAGUAUAGCAAACAAAAAAUGGAGUGGCAAAGACCUUCCAAUAAAGGGAGGGGAAGCACUGGAAGUGAUUCAGGAAACAGAUUCAGUCAAACUGCUGUGCAGGAAUGAUGACGGAAAAUAUGGAUAUGUCCAGAGAAAUCACUUAGUGACAGAAGAUUCCGGAGAAAUUUAUGAUGACGUUGCAGAAGGUUGCAUCUAUGACAAUGAUUAACCAGCUGGGUAGUUCAACUGUUCGGGUUUCACCUGAGAUGACAAACUCUGGACUUUUUACAUGCAAGAUGUGAGAUUUCUAAGAAGAUGUUUACUGCUUGUGCUAGCCAUAUAAUGUUCAAAUUAUUUCAAAAACUCUUUCAGAAGCUCUGUUGUCUCUCUCUCUCUCUCUCUCUCUCUCUCUCCAGUCUGCUGUGUCACACUCUUCUGAGAAGUUGUUUAAUAUAUUGUAUAUUGUCAAUAAACAUAACUGUUGUAAUACUGUUCCUUUGCUAACAUAAUUUGCUUAGUUGAACAGCAUUUUUUUUGGAUGCACUGUCUGUGUGUGCUUAUUAUUUUACAUAAUUACCACAUUAAUUUUAAUAGCUGUUUUUCAAUGUUUUUCUUUGCACUUUGAAAUAUAAUGAACAAAUAAAUUGUCAUAAAUCCUAAUUAAAAGGAAAAUGUAUCUUUUAUCAAACAAAAAUAGCAAUUUGUUGCUCAAUAUAUUUAAAAUGAAGUUUACAAAAUUACUAUUAUUCAUUCCCACUGCAAAGCUUUAUACAUUCUGAAUGUGUACUUAACUGCCUGAUACCAGUGGUACUGGUACUACUGUUCAGAUGCACACGUUGAAGGAUUUGGUAUUUUGCAAAAAACAUAAUUUAAUUUUUAAAAUGUCACUAUCAUAAUUUUACAAUGUUUUGUAAUGGUAUCUUAACUUUUACUUUGCUGGAUUACAGAAUUUAAUGAUUCUGUAAGCAUUUGCAUACUAAUGGAUCAGUACUACCUGCUUAUGGAAAAGCUUAACUAAACUGAAUUGUAUUUCUAAUGCAGAGAUAUUAAAACUCCAGAAGAUGUAGCAUGCUACUGUGCAAAAAUGUAUACCUUUCAUUUCAUGUAAGUUUGUAUAAAGAACAGUGACAGAAUCUUAAUCCAAAUAAAAACUGAACCACUCUAAA